GGAGAGCGAAGAUGCACAAAAAUAGUGUCUAAUGAGGUGAUGACAGGUGGACAACCAACCGGCUAGAAUUUAAUCAAACAUUUCAUGCUAUCUUCUCCGGGUCCUGGCCUCACAAAGAUCGAAACAUGCUUCAGCUUUGAACUCCUUUAGCCAAAUAACUAGACCAGUGAAAAGAAGAAGAAGAUGAUAAUGGAGGCCAUUGCGAUAACACGUUUCUCUGCUUCAAAUUCCCCACUUCUCAUCCGAUCUAUGGCUACCCAAAAACCAACUCCAUCCGCUACCAGCACUGUCGCUUCUAAAAAGACAACAACACCGUCGGUGAAGUUAUUGACAAGGGUGGAGCAGUUGAGGCUUCUAACUAAAGCAGAGAAAGCUGGUUUACUAUCUGCUGCUGAGAAAUCUGGACUCUCUUUAUCAACAAUUGAAAGACUUGGUCUUCUUUCCAAAGCUGAAGAGUUUGGGAUUCUUUCUGCAGCUACUGACCCUGGAACCCCAUCAGUACUAUUUAGCUUGAGCUUGGGAUUGUUGGUUCUUGGUCCUGCUUGUGUGUAUCUGGUCCCUGAAGAUUACCCUUGGCAAAUUGGUUUGCAGGUUGUGGUUGCUCUACUUUCUGUUGUUGGUGGCUCUGCUGCUUUUGGAGCCUCAAAUCUUGUAUCCGAUUUGCAGAAAUUAAAGUGAAAUGUAAGCUGUUUAAUACCAUCUCUGUUAGACAGAAAAUUUUCUGAUAGUAUAAAUGUUCUUUGGUCAAUCUUGAAUUUUUAUUUCUGGUGAUCCAUUGGGAUGUGCAGAUGCAAUUGAUUCCUGUAACCUUGAGAUUUUUGUUACUCUAUCUUGCAAUGUAGGAGACACAUUGUUUUUCUGGUUGA